AUGGCGGCGGCUUCCUCGUCGUCCACGCUGGAACUGGAGGAACGCGAAGGUCAUACGCUCCCGCUCCACAACCUCGACACGCUCUCGCGACAGGAAGAUCCGCUCGACGCGAGCAACAACGCCGCCACUACAUCGACAGCGAGAAACACAGCCUCAAGUAAUAACUCCAACAACGUACGAAACUCCACCGCCUACCUCGACGGCCUGCGUGGCUUCGCGGCCUUCCUCGUCUACUUCUACCACCACAUUUCCUGGUUCUACGGGCCGACAGAUGAUCUUCUAUAUGGCUGGGGCCACGAGGGAAAUCACUACAUCUUCCAACUGCCUUUCUUGCGGGUCUUCUUCACGGGCGGGAAUGCGGCUGUGGCGAUCUUCUUCAUCCUCUCCGGCUACGUCCUCUCGCUCUCGCCGCUGCGCUCCCUCCGCGAUGGCAAUGCGAAGAAAUGCUACAAUUCCCUGAUUUCUGCGACGAUCAGGAGGCCUUUUAGGUUGUAUAUCCCGCCGAUUGGAGUGGGGUUAUGUUUCGCAAUCGCUAUGCAACUGCCAUUCGGACUCGCGCCCAGAAUGGCGUGGCCGCAGCCCGAGGCGACGUUCAGCAAGGAAAUGGCCAGGUUCGUGCCGGAGACGUGGCAUAUGGUCAACCCUUUCGAGCGGCACGGCACCAAGGAGCAUUGGUACAUCUAUAACCCGCCGUCGUACACCAUGGCGAUUGAGUUUGUCGGGAGCAUGGCGGUGUUUGGGCUGUGUGCGAUGUUCAGCACCGUGUCGGUGUCUGUACGGGCGGGGCUGUUUCUUCUGGCCGCUGUGACGUUUCUGAGCACGGGGGAGUGGGCGCUGGCGAUGUUCAUGGGAGGGGUGUUACUCGCGAUGAAUGAUUUGAGCGGAUGGGAUCACGCGCUGCUCGCCAAGCAACCUCUCAAAGUCUCCCGCACCGUCAUGCACCACAUCUUCUUCUUCACGGGGUGGUACCUCCUCUGCCAACCGUCAGGAAUCCGGGACCCGAAACAAUCCAGCGAAGCGCCCGGCUGGUACAUCCUCACGGAGCUGCUCACGCCGCGCGUCUACUACCAGGACGAAUACUGGCGCUGGUGGAACUUCUGGGGCGCGCUGAUGCUCGUCUACGGCGUGCUGCGCAUCGAAUGGCUCCAGAGCCUCUUCACCACCCAACCCAUGCGCUACCUCGGACGGAUCUGCUUCGCGCUGUACCUUGUGCACACCCCUCUGCUGUGGACGAUCAACGACCGCGUGUACCGCGUGCUGGGCACGCAGAUGCACCAGGACCUGGUGCUGUGGAUCGACGAUUGGCUGAAGAUUCCGGAUUUUGGGAUCCAUGGACUGAGCUCGAGGUUUUUGGUCGCGCAGGUGAUUAAUACGCCGAUUAAUUUUGCGGCGGCUGAAGUGGGGACUUGGGUGUUGGAUGAGCCGAGUGUGAGGGUGGGAAAGUGGAUUGUGAGGAAGUUGGGGAUUGAUAAACGGUAG